AUGGCACUCGUCCAGCGCGUGUGUGCCAUCGCUGUGGUGGGCUAUGUGCCGGACUACCGCUUCAACUCCAUUGACUGGAGAAAGGCGGUGGCGCGGACGACGCAUUUGAUCCUUUUCUCGGUGGAGCCCAAGGUGGACGGCUUGCAGAACCUGGAUACGAUCCGCGGCAUCUUGCGACCGCCGCUGGGCGUGGUCGGUCGCCCUAGAGCAAGCAGGUGCUGA